AUGAUUCUGGCCAUGUGUUGGGUUCCUCGGGGGGCGGCCAAGACCCUCCCCACGGUAUACAAGGCCUCCGAAGAAGAAAUGCGGGGCCUUCUGGGCAGCAUGUCGUUGAAUGGGAAGGGAAGCGAGCCUGAAGUGGAGGCGGAGGCUGAAGGAGAGGACGAGAUCUCUAAAAAGUACAACCUGGAUGACUACGACGACGAGGGCGGCGGCGUGUUGGGUGUGGCGGAGGACGUGGUGUUCCAGAAGAACGAGGACGACCCCUACAUCACCGUGCGCGAUGAGGACGACACGGACGACCUGGACGACUUCACCAUCCGCACCACCGAUGCGCUGCUGGUGACGGGGACGGCCGAGGACGACUACAGCCACCUGGACGUGCACAUCUACGAGGAGCCCGACGACAACCUCUACGUCCACCACGACAUCAUGCUCCCCACCUACCCGCUCUCCCUCGCCUGGACCGACUCUCUCCCCGGACGCACCCAAGGUGGGGGCAAGGGCAGCUUCGUGGCCAUCGGCACCUUUGAUCCGGCGAUCGAGAUCUGGGACCUCGACGUCGUCGACGCCCUGCAGCCCACGGCGGUGCUGGGUGGCCUGAUCCACGAGGAGGCGCCGCAGCACCCGAGCAAGGCGCGCAGGCAGGGCAAGAAGAAGAAGCAGAGGCCGCAGCUGCGGGCGGGUUCGCACACGGGGGCGGUGCUGGGGCUGGCGUUCAACCGGCACCAGAGGCACGUGCUGGCGUCGUGCAGCGAGGAUGCGACGGUCAAGCUGUGGGACGUGGGGCGAGCGGAGUGCCUGCAGACGUACGGGUACCACAAGGACAAAGUGCAGGCCGUGCGCUGGCACUGCGAGGAGUCGUCGGUGCUGGCCUCGGGCGCCUUCGACCGGCAGCUGUGCAUCCUCGACGUGCGCCACCAGUCCCCGGCCACCUCGUGGACCCUGCCGGCCGACGUCGAGGCCCUCGAGUGGAACCCGCACUCCCCCAGCCAGCUCCUGGUCUCCACCGAGGACGGCCUCGUCUCCUGCUACUCGGUCGAGGCCGGCGCCAAGCCCCUCUGGACCUUCCAGGCCCACGACAAGUCCGGCAAGCUCUUCUGCGGCGCCUUCUUCGAAGACUCGCCCUACCUGCUGGGCGUGGGCGGCAAGAAGGGCCUCAAGAUCUACAACAUCAACGAAAUGGAGGGCAUCCGACAGCGCUUCGGCCAGACCCCCACCCCUGCCCCCGCCCCCAGCACCGAGUGA